AUGGUCGAACCGCCUAAGGUGGCCUACUCAAAAGACGACACCGCGAUGAUAGAGGAGCCGUCACAUACUGCGACUGUUGCCUUCAGCUCCCCAAUUGAAGUCACGAACAAUCCAACGCGAUCACCUUCGACAGACCCUAACCCGGCAUUGUCGCCGCGUUCCUCGUUUCACCACGAAGCAACCCAAACCCUGACGGCAACCUCGAACUGCCGCGUCAAUGGCGCUGUCAAUCGUACCAUGCCUCCCUGUUUGCCAACGAAGCCUGAAAAUUUCAAGUCAUCGUCUGAACUCGUUAGGAAACGGCCUAGAUCCAAUUCUCAUGAGUCUUCACCGAAGAAACAAAAAGGGAAUGAUGGGGAUCCUACCACCGCAUUGUUUACACCACUUCGCCCACUAUCAGCGGCAGCUUCGGGGUCCCCCAGGCUGGAUAGUCACGCCACAAUUAACUCGACUGAAUCGACUGAAUCGAUUCCAUCUUCACCAACCUUGACGGCAAACCCCUGGUUGAAGGAUGCCAUGCUAUCCUUGGACCGACUUCACCAAAACAAAUGGCUCAACGAUGCCAUAAUCAAUGCUUGCAUACAUAUUCUGGCCAGACGCUAUGAAUUUUGUUUCUUGAACAGCCACUUGCUUCAAUCUAGGUCGCCCGAUCGGAAGGCUGAAUAUGGUGAUCCUUUAGAGUCAGAUCUUGUCCUGAUGCCUAUCCACAAGUGUUCACACUGGUAUCUUUUGGUUAUGUACAAGUUUUCGGGCACUGGUUAUACGAUCCAAGAGGAUCGAGUUGUCUGCUUUCUUGACUCUUUGGAGUCGCCCUCACGGUCUUAUGAAGAUACUUUCACACUUUGGAUGCAGUAUCUCAAAGACAUCGGAUACCGAGGAGAGGUGCACCAAAGGAAUGUCAAGAUUCCCCAACAGUCCAACAACGCAGACUGUGGAGUUUUCCAUCUUGCGUUCGCUUACCAGAUUGUCGAGGAUCGCCAGAAGUUCAUUGAUGCUGUGGAGAACAGGGCAGGCCUAGACUGGACAGUCGACGCACUAAAAUGGCGUGAGUUAGUACGGCUUGAGCUCACAUCAGCAAAUGACAAAUCCGCCGUUGUCAAUACUGCAGCUGAGAAGAUCAUCAAUGUUGAAAGCGACGACGACACCUGCGUGGAGGUAGUCUCCGUCUGUCACGCACUUACGUCUUCCAUGGACCGAGACCCCGCAACGGGCCAUGACGUAACUGCCCAUGCCAGGCGCGAUGAUUUCGACGUUGCUAAGAUCGCAUGCCCCACAGCGCACAACUCAAUCAUAGCUCGAACUUUGAGUCGAUCCCCACCACACUUGCGACCCUCUCUAUCGUCGUGGCCAGCCGACACAGAGUCGUCCGUAUCGUUAACUCUGCCUCCUUCUCAGCCAACAUACAAAGGUGCUAUAGGCAGGUUUGGUCCGAGCGUUGAGAUGGGGGACGCCGGGACCGAUGAUGACAGGGAUGCCAACGAUGAGAAGAUGCUUGACGGGUCAACUCUCGUUGCCCGUCCCCUGGGGGCUGCCUUCUCCUCUUUCCAUCCAAGUGUUAUAGCUGUGUCUACGGUCGAACAUCAUCCUCCUAUCAGCGAACUUACUACCGGUCAGAUACCAGAAACGACAGAUUUACCGUUGCCGCCGGCAUUUAUCGACACGAUCCCAUCUAUACUUUUCACAGCUUUUUCAGUCUUACCACAACAUCAUAUUAACAAACUACAGAACGUCGACUGCCAAAUUUUAGCCGAAGAAGUUCAAAAGGCGCUAAACCGGGUUUCUCAGCAAGACGGAGCAGUCAGCUUGGACAACAUUCGCCAAGCCCACCUCAAUGGGCUACAAUACUCGUUCCCGUUGUGGAAGCGUCCCUCUCAAAACCAGUCGCUAAAAGUACCUUCAGAUGACAUUCCGCCAUCCCUACUCCAUGCGCACCCGUAUGCGCAUCCACCAUCGACAAGCUCGAAAGGACAGCCCACCGCCCUGUUAACGGAUCCCAACUUUAAAAAUAUCCGUGGGUGGGCUCCAAUAAUGAUGAUUAGGAAUUUCCCCUUUGAGCUCAGUAUAAUGGCCUGUAAUAAACAAGCUACCUGCAAUACGCAAAUUAGAGAUGAGGCCUGUUCGGGUUUAGUCGAUAUGAUGGACCGACUUUAUACGGACGGAUACUUACACUGGAACAGCAGGUUUGCCGCUGAAAGCCUGAAGACUUUCCAGGAUUUAAACAACUUCGCCCAGGGUCUUGGAAUCCUUCGUUCUAUUUUAGCCAGCGCACAGCUGCAAGAAUUUCUCAGGGUGUGGUUUGCGCCCAUGAUGAUGGAACAGGGCGACUUCCCAUCUUUCUUCGGCAUAACAAUGGUUAACGCGAUCGUUGUUUGGGUUUACAUUUACUUAUUGCGAAUGCAAGCGUCCGGUAUUUUGUCGGGUCCCAUGGAGUAG